AUGCCUGGCAAACAAGCCUCCAGGCCCUGCCCUCACUGCAAGAGCGGGUCAGCAUCUGCCCCAACAGACACCUCCAAGAUCCACUAUGAGAAGUUCUGGCUGUACCGCCACUGCUCCUCGGUGCAGCAGAGGGACAGGCAAGCCCAGAAGGCUGGGCAGCUCUUCUCGGGGCUGCUGGCCAUGAACGUCGUGUUUCUGGGCAGCGCCUUCAUCAGCAGCAUGAUCUUCAACCGCGUGGCCAUCACGCUGGGAGAUGUCUGGAUCCUCAUGUCCAUCCUCAAGGUCUUGUGCCUGUUCUGGAUUAUCUACUACCUGCUGGGCACCAGCCGGCAGCCGCACGCUGUGCUGUACCGGGAUUCCCACGCUGGGGCCAUCUGGAUCAGGGGGUCAGUGCUGCUGUUCGGCAGUUGCAGCGUCCUCCUGAGCGUGUUUCAGAUCGGCUACAGCACAAUGCUCAUCCACUGCAAAUCCAAGGUGGAAAUUGUGUUCCCCAGCAUUGAAAUCGUUUUUGUUUGCACCCAGGCUUAUUUUCUGUGGCAUCACUCUAAGGACUGCAUUCAAGUCCAGCACAACUUCACCAGGUGUGGUCUGAUGCUGACCAUAGCCACCAACCUCCUCCUGUGGCUCCUGGCCGUGACCAACGACAACCUCCAUGAGGAGAUGGAGUCUCAGCUCCGUGAGGUGGAGCGGCGGUUUGAAGGCAACGAGACUGCCUCAUGCACAUGCCCAGACACGACCAUCUGCAAAGUCUUCCAGAAGGGCUACAUCCUGCUCUACCCCUUCAACACCGAGUACUGCCUCGUCUGCUGCUCUGUGCUCUACGUCAUGUGGAAGAACGUGGGAAGACACAUCAGCCACCACGUCCCUCACACCAAGCCCAAGUUCAAGUUCCAGGGGGUGGUCUUUGGGCCACUGCUGGGCGCCACUGCUGUGAUCAUCGGGAUCUGCGUCUUCAUGAUGUACCAGAUCCAGGCCACCAGCUUGGUCCCCAGCCGCCAGGUCUUUGUGAUAUAUUAUUCCUACUACAUUGUGCUCCUGCCCCUGAUGAGUGUGGGCGCAGUGAUUGGGACAGUCAUCCACGCCCUGGAAAAAAAGGAGCUGGACACACUCAAGAACCCAACCCGCAGCCUGGACGUGAUCCUGUUGAUGGGGGCAGCCCUUGGCCAAAUCGGCAUGUGCUACUUCUCCAUUGUGGCCCUUGUGGCCUCUGACCCCAGUGACCUGUUGAACAGCCUCAUCCUGUCCUAUUCUCUCCUCCUCAUCUUCCAGAACAUCACCCAGAAUGUCUUCAUCAUUGAUGGGCUCCACCGGCAGCGCUUUGUAGCCACAGAUGAGGCCAAACACACCGGCCCCACUGGGCAGCACGUGAUGGCUGUAGAACCACCUGGGGAAGAGGAAACCACAACAAGCAGCGAAGAGGAGCACACCCAGACACUCCCCAGCAAGGAGGAAGAUAUUAAAGAAGAGCAGAACCGUGAAGACCAGAGACGGAUGAGCGUGCUGGAGCUGGGACAGGAGCUCCGGAAAGCUUCCCUGUCCUACAUCCAUAGCUACUCUCACCUGAGCUGGAAGAGAAGAGCAUUGAGGGAGAUCUCCUUCUUCUUGGUUUUGUGCAACAUCAUACUGUGGGUCAUGCCCACAUUUGGAGCUCAUCCCGUCUUCGAGAAUGGACUGGAGAGGUCAUUUUACGGCUACUCCACCUGGUUUGUGAUCGUGAACUUUGGGCUCCCCCUGGGUGUGUUCUACCGCAUGCACUCGGUCGGGGGGCUCCUGGAGGUCUAUGUCACAGCCUGA